AUGGAGAAUUUAAAAUCUAUGAAUUGGCAAUUAGAUCUACAAAGAAAAUUAGAGAAAACUGAUAACAGUGAAGAUCUAUGGUUAGUAGUAGAAAAUGGAAUAGUGCUGAUGCUUACAGAGCAUGAAAAUAAAAAAUUAAUGGAAUUAGAUAUGAAUCUUUAUCAAAAAAUAUUUGAUUUGCUAUAUGAGUCAACAACUGAGGGAAAUUGGUCCUGUGCAAAUAGUUGCCUUAGGUUUGUAUGGACUUUAUUGCAAAACAAUAUUGUUGAGUAUGACAUACUCAGUGAAAGUAAUGUAAAUAUUCUUAUGCAUGUGUUUUAUACAUCUUUAAUAAUUAUUAGUAGAGAACCAGUAGUUGAAUUAGAAUUUGCUACUUUACUAAGGAAUAUCACUGGGUUUUUUAUGUCCUGGAUUGAUCAGUAUUUUCCCAGGGAUCCACUAAGCAAAUAUGACAAAAAGUCUUCUAAAUUAGAGAAAUCUCCAACUGUGCCAUCGUGGCUCAUGGAAAUAUUUACAUCAAAAAAGUAUACAAGUUCAUUAUUAUAUCUUUCUGCAGUUUGUGAACCAAAAAGAUCUAAUUGUAAUGGAGUCUUAGAAUACUUAUAUAUUGGGCAUAGCUUUAUAUUGGCAAGUAGAUAUUCAGCUGAAACAUAUACAAUUAUUCAACAAAUUUUUUUGAAAUCAGGUGGUAAACUAGAAAUAGAGGAUAGUAAAAUGGAAGGGUGUGUCCAAAGAUUUUUAACAUGUCCAGAUUUUGAAUUACAGUUAAUUCUUGGUGAACUACUCUGGAGAACGAUCAACAAAUUAAAUUUAACUGAUAAAUCAACACUGAACGAAGAAAAUUCCAUGAAAUUAAUCGAAAAGUUUAGGUUAUUGUGGCCUGAAGGCCUUACUCAAUUAAGGUAUAUUAAUGUGGAUAAUUUUGACUAUUCAUUUAGAGGAUUACUAACUCCAUGGAAUAAAACUUGCAAUUGUAAUGGAAAAAAUAUAUGGUCCUUGUCUGGAGUAGAAAUUAGCUUUUGUAGUUCAAAAGUGAAAGUUACUUCUGUUGUUGAUAUUUGUGCCUUCAGUAUAGCUAUUCAUAACGAUAUUGACGAAGAUGCACCUCAGGAAGGUACCAAAAUUAACAAGAAUCCUGAUGCUAAUCAAGAUUCACAAAAGGACUUUGAUAGAAAAUUAGGUAGUUUCAUUAAUGAAAAGAAAGAGCAGACACAAAGGACAAUUAAUGGGAUACACUCUUCUGCAGAGAUUCCAUAUUGGACAAUAAAAUCUGUUAUUUACGAUAGAGACUUUAAUACAAUUAAAAUCAAAAUAUCAACUGAUGAUAUUUUAGAAGUCAGACAAAGUUGGACUGGAAAAUUCGUGGUUGAUACUAAUAAAGAUAUUUUGAAUGACAAAGAUAUAACGGAAUUUUCAAUGAAAAUAAGUGAGGAGCAAGCUCAUGAAAUUUUGGGUAUAUUUAGAGCAAAUAGAAUUGAAAAUAUACAAGGGAUAAAAUAUACUGAAACUCCACCAAAGAAAAUAUCUAUUGUGGAUUCAAGAAGUACUUUAAUUCAAAAAAGAAACUGUACUAGUGAACAAAAUCUGAAACUUAGCAGUACUCAAUUAAAUUCUAUAAAUUUCGAUAUUGAAAACAAGAUUUCAGUAGCUAUAUCUAAAACUAGCAUAGGUAAAGAACCAGAAGCUAAUUCUCUGAAUGGAAAUCUACAGGAAAAACCUAAAAAAGUUAGUUUUGCAACUACGAAAGAAUUUAUUUGUGAAAACUUAAGUGAAAAACAUAUCAUAUGUAAUAAAAAAGUAGAAGAGUUCCAAUUGAGUACUCUUAGUUGUCAGGCACAGCCUACAGCUGUUUCAAAGAAAAGAGCUGAUGUGAUCAUUAUUGGUUUAAUGAAUGAGAAAAUCAAAGCAAGUCAGGCUGCUGAAAAAGAAACAGCUAAAAAUAAGAGAAUUAGAAUCUUAAAACCAAUACUUGAAAAUAGUGAUCAGUAUAUAACUCAGAAUACAAGUCAGUCUUUAAAUGAUACUAUAGAAGAUAAUAAUAGUUUAUUUCAGUCUCAGGGAAAAAGUGCUACUCUACCCAGUAAUAGUAAUAAAUAUGAAAAUAAAUAUAUGAGCUCUACUAACUCUGAUACUCAAAUUUCGGGUAUAUCUGGUAAAAUAAUGAAUAAGGAAGAUCAAUUUGUUAGAGGUUCAAAUUCAGAGUUAUAUAUAAAUAAUCAGAAUAGUAAUUGUCAAAUUAAUAAUUCUGCAGGGGCUAAUCUAAAUACAAUAGAAGUCACUUCUCAUGAUAUAACAAAGGGGGCGAAUGAAAUAAGUGAAGAAAUGUAUGAAGAAAUAUUAGAAAAAAAGGGAAUUAAUUCAAAUUUGAAGAGAAAAAAAAGGAUAAACAGAAAAUUGAAGAGUGAUAAGAAUAAUAAUGUAAAAGAGAACGUCAGUAUUGAUAAUGAAGUACCAAAUGAAGAAGAUUCCGAAAUUAAAGUAAGUACCGAAGUAGCUGAGGAAAUAUUAGUACUUAAUCAUAAAUAUCACAAGCCUAUCUCUAGUGAUAAAUACAUUUCUAGGGAGAACCUAGAGUUCAAGACCAAAAAUAAAGAUGAAAUAGUUGUUGCUUCUGAGAAUCAGUUUGGAAAUUCCUGUUGUAUAAGUUCUGAAUGCAUUAAUAUAGAAUCUUCAUCUAGUAGUAUCAAUAACAAUGAUGCUUUUGGUAAUCAAGAAAAAGAUAAGACGAGAGAAUUAGAUAAGGAUUUACCAUUAUUAGAAAACCCUACUGAUCAGGAAAUAUUAUCAGGUAACAGAAAAUAUAUAUUAAUUAAUAAAAGUAAUAAGAAGGGGGAAGAAGGAAAAUUAAAAAAAACAAAGGUCAAAAAAUGUGUUAAUGAGAUGAAUAAAAGUGAAGACAGUGUAUCAGCCAACUCAAAAAAGUUAACUACUAAAGCUUCUAAACCUUUUUUAUCUAGAUUAAAGCGUGGAAGAGUUCAGAGAGAUCCUGAAUAUAACAAAUUUAGUGGUUUAAAGGUAUUUGAGGAUAAGCAAGAUUCUUUGGAAACAAGUAAAGAAGAUAAUACUACAAAUUUACCAUUAUCCCUAGAAAUUUCGAGUGAAAUAUCAAUGGAAGUGGAAACAAAUUUAUCUAGUAAACGUAUAAAGUUUCCCAAUAUACCCAAUAUUGAAAUUGAGCCAUUAAUUUCAGCAUGUGAAAUAAGUGAAACAUGUGGAGAUCUGAACAAGGAAGAAGAAAGUUUAACACCUAAAAAAAGCUAUAAAACUCCGCAAAACAACAGAACAAAUAGGUCUGAAACUCAAAGCACUACUACUGGGACUAGGAAUAGAAUAAACAGCCAGGGAACUAAAAAUAUAAAAGGGAAUAGGAAGAGAAGAAACACCGAGUCUAUAAGUACAAAGCAGACUAUAUUGUCUUCAUUAUCAAUAGAUAAUAAUGACUCACUUCAAGUUACAGAAAUACCUGAUUUUUCAUUGAGUGAAAAAAUAGCAAAGGAGCAAUCAAGCAUCUCCUUAUAUGUAACAGAAAAAGUUGAAGAUAAAUCUUUAGAAAUGUUGAAAUGUGACCACUUAGAAAUUGUUGAAAAAAAAAAACAGAAGUACUCCCAGGAUAAAAGGUGUAAGAAAUUAUUUGAUAAGUGGAGAAAUGAAGUUUCAAAUAACUUUAAUGUAUUUGAUGAUAAUCAUUUAAAAAUAUUGGAUUUGACACCACAUCCAAUAUCCCCAAAAAAUAAAAAGAGAAUAGGUAGCAAAAGAUCACAAAGUAGAACUUUUAAUAUUUCAGAAAAAAAAAUUUUCAACGAUGAACUUGAAGAUACAACAGACAAAUUCAAAUUUAUAUAUGAUAAAGAAAUUAGUGAAUCCAGGGAAGAAAUUUUAAUUACCCCGGAUUUAGAAAUAAAUGAUUAUCUUUCUAAUUUUACAUACUUUAAUAAUAUAGAGGAUGAAAUAAUAGCUAGUGAAAUAUAUGAAGCUAUGAGUUCAUAUACAAGUAUUGAAUUAAGUGACCUUGAUACUGACUUGGAUAGUAAAGAUCUAAUAAACUACACAUCAAUUAUUAAAAACUUAAUCAAAAAUAAUGAGGGGGAUAAUGAAUAUGAGCAUUCAAUGGCAACAAUAAGUGAUAGAGCGAACUUGUUACCAGAGUUUAUGAGGAUACCAGAAAUACAAACAAGCAAACAAAAAGUAGAUGAGCUAGCUGAUCAGUUAAUUCAGUGUUGUGAGUUAAUUCGUAUUGAAUGUAAAGAGAAUAUAGAAUCACAUUUCCAGAAUAUGAUGAACAUAGUAGGCAACUUAUGGUGUAAAAAGUUAGAAGAAUUUCAGAGCAGGAAACAGCUAAUAAUUAAAGAUUCAAAAAAUGAUCUAGCAAGUAUUGAAUUUGAAAUAGAAAGGCUCUAUGAAGAUUUUGAGAGUAGUAUAAACGAAAUAUAUAGACAAAUAGAGGAAGAAAGUACUUCAAAAGCCUUGAAUUUGCAUAGUGCCAAACAAUUCGAAGUUUUAAUGAAUAACUCUGAUAUUAGAAGUAGUGAAGAUGAUCUAGAACAAAGUGAGCAGUACGAAUACUUACUAAUUAAUCUAAAAAACAAAUUAAAAGGAGAGAUUGAGAUUAUUCAAGAGAAAAUUCAAAAGUUCAUAAGAAUUAAGGAGAAUGAAAAGAAAAAGAUGAGAGACAAAAGUAAUAGAAUAGACCUACACAAGUUAUUAAGAAGUAUUAUUAAAAGAGAGGUUUCGAACGAUGUUAUAACAGAAAUAAAAAGUUAA